GUAAUAGUGUUCAUGUGUGCGGUGGGGUUAGUGUGGGGACAGAACACUACUUGUGACGACAUAGACCCCGAUGUUUGCCGAACCUUCAAUGCCAAAGUCAACGUCUGUGCUGAUCCAUGUCUCUCAAAACUGUGUCCUAGGACCUGCAAUAUAUGCCCACGGAAAUGCUACAGUUGUGACGCUGUUCCGUCUUUAAGUGAUUGUAAUACAACGCAAAUAUGUCCGGAUGCAGAUCACGACUGUUUUGCUUAUAAGGGUUUAACCUCUGACCUCGCGAUUUCUUACAGGCUGGGGUGUGCUAAAAAGGAUGUGUGUACCAAUUUGUUUGGCUCCCAUUUGUCAAGCACAGCGCCACCAUCUACCACGACUACAACACAUGCAAUGUCCGGUGGAUCCUCCUUCCUAAUUGGCAGAAAAAAGAGACAUAGUCUGAAUGGUGGAUGUUGCAGCUCUGAUCUUUGUAACAAAUAUGAAACCAGCAAAAAGAAACGGCAGAUGACGUCAUUCGUGUCCAUGUCAGCUGUUUGGGCCACUCUGACAACACACACUACCACAUUAACACCAGGUUGCCAUGAUAUUGACACAUUGUCUUGUCAAAAGCUCGCCCACCUCAAAAGGGACUUAUGCAGCGAUGACUGUUUGGUUAAGGCAUGUCCACGAACAUGCGGAAAAUGCUCCGAAUGUUAUUCCUGUGCCUUUGUGCAAAGCCCAGAAAACUGCACCAGUACAUCUGUUUGUCUUCCAGCCGAGAAAUGUUUUGCUAUGGAGGAAUAUCUGGAUAGUGGAAAACUUGGAUAUCGUCUGGGAUGUCUUCAUGAAAAUGUCUGCGAAAAGUUUCAUCAAAGUGGAGGUAAAGUUUUUGGUCGAAGGAGUGAUCAUGUGGCGUUGACUUUAGGUGGAAAUUGUUGUAGUGGGGACCUAUGCAACCAUCACCCGCUCGUCCACACCACCACCACGACGCAUGCGCCAACUCACACUACAAAAAUGUUAAAUACUAUUCCACAAGAUGCAUGUGUUUAUUGGCCAGGCUACCACUGCCCUAAAAGCUUUUAUCUUGUGAAUGGAAAGUGUCUCAUGAUUGGGACGAAUGAAGCACCAUACGAGUUAUCGAAGAGAAUUUGCCAGAACCAUUGCUCAAGACUAAUGGAAAAUAUUUCUAUACGUGACGCUAUGAGUAUUCGUCAUUUGACGGAUCAGGUCAUACCUCAUGUGCCACAUGAAAGGCGACUGUUAAGAGUCGGGAUCCAUACCGAUCAUCAUCACCUGGUUUGGGACUAUUCAGGGCAUGUAGUUCAAGGUCUGGCGAACCAUGUUGACGACAACACUUGUGUCAUCCUUCCGUUCAACUACCACCACCAUGACUACCUGAAGUUGGAUAACUGCUCUCAUUACCGUUAUUUUAUUUGUGAAGCACAAUUUAAAUAA